AUGCCGCCAGUUGGUCGAUUCUCUCACAUCAACGUAGACAUUGUGGGACCGUUUCCCCCAAGCAAUGGUUAUCGUUACUGCUUAACCAUCAUCGACCGGUUCUCUCGAUGGCCAGAAGCCAUUCCCGUUCCAGACAUGACUGCACCGACGAUCGCUCAUGCACUCGUCACCGAAUGGAUUGCUCGAUUCGGCGUGCCUAUCUACGUCACUACCGACCAAGGACGGCAGUUUGAAUCAUCUCUAUUCUCCGAGUUGGAUUGCAUGUUAGAGAUCAGCCACCUGCGAACAACGGCGUACCAUCCGCAAGUGAAUGGCAUCAUCGACCGGUGGCAUCGUACACUUAAAGCAGCAAUUCUGUACCAUAACCCCGAUCGGUGGUCUGAUCACUUACCGAUGAUCUUACUUGGCCUGCGAACAACCCACAAGGAAGACAUCGGAGCAUCCCCUGCUGAGAUGGUGUAUGGUUCUACUCUCCGAAUACCAUCCGAGUUUUUCGUCGAAAACUCUGCCAAUAACAGCGAAACAGAUUUCGUCAUCAAGCUACGAGAGACCAUGCAGAAUCUUAAAUCAAAAGCAACAGCAUGGCACGGUAAACGUGACGUCUUUGUGCAUCGUGAUCUACAAAGCUGCAAGCACGUCUUCAUCCGCGAUGACUCCAUGAGACCGUCACUAUCGUCCGCGUCCCCUUAUGAUGGUACGUCGAAGCAGCAAAUAAUCUUGAAGUCAAAGGUCGGAUGA